CUCUCUGUAGCUGGGGUCUGAGGAGCAGCAGGAGGAGCGGCAGGAGGAGCAGCAGGAGGAGCAGCGGCAGGAGGAGCGGCAGGAGGAGCGGCAGGAGGAGCGGCAGGAGGAGCUGCAGAGGACACCCGGCGGCAGCGGGAGGACAGCUGGGCUCACUCCGGGUUGUUUGAUAACUGAACCAUGACCUUCAGCCUGGAUGAACCUCAGCGGCUUCCGUAGUGUGCGGAUCGGAGGCGAUCUUCUGCAGAGAGAAGAACCGAACCUUUAGGUGUUUGGAUCCACUCCCAGAUCCACCAUGGACCAGAAGUCCAGGAAGGUCUCCAACCAGGACAUCAACCCCUGCCUGGAGGAGAGCGAUGCGUCCCACAGGUGUUUGGACGCCUACAACUACGACCGCAGCAUGUGCUCAGCCUACUUCCAGAGGUACAAGAACUGCCGCAAGUUCUGGCACGGCAUUAUGGUCCAGAGAAGAAGAGACGGCAUCAAACCGGACAUGCCCACCGCCGCUGAGAGGACAGAGAUGCUGGGCACCAUGGGAGGGAAGCCCUACUGACCGGUCCAGACCGGCCCACUGGGCCAGAGGGAAGCUCAGCCCACCUUGGACUCAGUAGAGACCUUAAAGUUGGCCCAGGAACCAGGUUCUGGCUUGUUACAGAUAGGCUGGGUUCUACAGGAGGUUCUGACUGGGUCGCUGUUUGCCCCAGAUCAUCUGAGCGAGUCCACUGAGCGUGACGGACACAGGACAUGAUGAUGAUGAUGAUGAUGAUGAUGAUGUGCAUCCAGCCUCACAUGUUGCCAAUAAAUGACCCUUCAUCCCUCCUCAGUGUCUCU